AGAAUCAAUGGUUGCAGCCGGCCUUAUUUCCUCGAAUUUCUUCGGAGCUCAUCCACACUCUCGUUAGUUCGUAUCCAGCCGGGCGGAUCUGCUGCUGGUGUAAGAUGGAGACUGUUCUUCUGCUAUCUAUAUGUAGACAUGCACCCCUUCCCCAGUAGAUAGGUAUCUAAGGGUCUUGGGGUUACCAUAGAAGAAUAGAGCGGCAAGUACCAUUUAACUUACCCCCGCCCCUCCCGGUGCCAUGGCGUCCAGCACACUCCUCAUCUUGCUCACCGCCCUCCACCUGCCCACCUCAGGCUGCCACCCGACUCUCCCCCGGCGCGGAACCGAUGGCGGCGCCAGCGCCCCGUACCACGCCGGUGCCGGGGUGCUCGGCUUCGUCAACCCCCUGAUCGGCACCAAGGGCGUCAGCCCCAACGACAACGGCGGCAUGAUCCCGUCCGUGGGCGUCCCCUUCGGGAUGACGCGCUGGACGCCGCAGACGCGCGAGAACUACAUCUCGCAGGUGCCGUACAGUGACGGCGACAGAUUCAUCCACGGAUUCCAGGCCACCCACCAGCCGGCCAUCUGGAUGGGCGAGUCCGGCCAGGCGGCCCUAGUUCCCGGUUUGGAUGCCGGCGAGGGGGUCAAGGCUAUCUUCCAGGAGAGGGGUUUGCGAUUCCGGAAGGAGGAUGAGAAGAGCACCCCGUAUGUGUAUGAGGUCUUGUUGGACGGGGAGACGACGGGGACGCAGGAUUGGGAGCUCACGGAGGAGGCGGCCGGGGAAGGGCCAGUGCCCGGGGGCGCAGGGGAUGUGCCGGAUUCUGUUAGAGAAGGGGCCAAUGGAAGAGUUAGGAGGAGUGAGGGCGAGCCAUAUGACAAGAAGGGGACAGUUCGUGCUAAACAAUCGGAGAAGAGGACUGAGACGUCGCUGGGAUAUGAACAUGCGAUCCAGGUGGCAAUGAGCGCAACGGCUCACGUUGGUCACCUCCGUCUCGAUUUCAUCGACAACACCGGCGUGGUAGGCCACGAAGCGGCCGAGCCCUAUUUGUUCAUCCAAGCAACCCGGUUGAACUGGACAGGCCAUGUCCAGAUCGAUGCCGAGAGCCGCGAGAUCUCCGGAAGCAACUCCCAGCGCCAGGACUACCUCAUCGGGCCCGACAAUCCAAAGUCCUUCAGGGGCUAUUUCGUCUCUCGCUUCUCUGAGCCAUUCACCUCGUUCGGCACUUCGUCCGGUGCCGAGACCCAAGAGGGCAACCGUACUGUGGAUGGCAAGUUCGUGGGAGCUUACGUCAAGUUCAACAGGAGGGUGGAGAGGGUCGAGGUCCGCACUGGCGUAUCCUUCAUCAGCGUCGAGCAGGCGCGGAGGAAUCUAGACAUUGGGAUUCCCGACGGGGCAAGUUUCGAAACAACAGUGGAGAAGGCCAAAUCCGCGUGGUUGGAAAAGCUGGGGCGUGUCGAGAUCGAAGGCGUGAACCAGACAGACCCGGAGCACGACCCUCGCACGAUCUGGUAUACCGGCCUCUUCCACGCCUUGCAGUACCCUAAUGACUUCUCGGAACCCACCAGUAGAGAGGACGGCGGCAUCCGACGGUUCUAUAGCGGUUACACCGACAGCGUGCACGAGGAUAGCGACUCGUACUACCAGUCCUGGUCUAUCUGGGACACGUACCGCGCGCAGCACUCGCUGCUCACCAUAUUCGCCCCCGAGCGCGUCAACGGCAUGAUGCGCUCGCUGCUGCGCAUCUUUAACUGGUCCGGCUGGCUGCCCAUGUGGGCCAACGUGGUCGAGACCAACAUCAUGAUCGCCACCAACGCGGACGCCGUCCUCGCAAACGCGCUGGCCCGCGGCUUCCGCGGCUUCGACGUCGGCACCGCCUGGGCCGCCGUGAGGAAGGAUGCCUACGUAGCCCCAGACCGCGACGCCGAGCUGCUGUACUACGACCGCGAGCUGGGCACGCCCUAUGAGGCCCGCGCGGGCCUGACGGCAUACAAGGAGCUGGGCUGGGUGCCCAACGACGGCUGGGCCGAGUCGGCGAGCCGGACGCUGGACUACGCGUUCGACGACUUCGCCGCGGCGGUGGUGGCCGGGCACGCCGGGGACCACGGGGCGGCGGAGGAGCUGCUCGCGCGGAGCUCCAACUAUGCCAAGCUCUGGAACAACCAGAGCCAGUUCAUGCAGGCGCGCAACGCCAACGGCAGUUGGGCCAACGACAGCUGGGGGUGGACCGAGGGCGACAAGUGGGCGUACACGUUCGACGUGCUGCACGACGCGGCCAACGGGCUGGCCGGCCUGUUCGCCGGCGGCAGGGCAGGCAUGAAGGCCAAGCUGGACGAGCAUUUUGCCGGCGGGCACAACCUGCACAGCAACGAGCCGUCACACCACAUACCGUACCUGUACUCGGCCAUCGGGUACCCGGCCAGCGCGGCGGACGCGAUCCGCGCCGUCGCGUGGGACAACUACAACGCCACCAGCUCGGGGCUCAAGGGCAACGAGGAUCUCGGCCAGAUGAGCGCCUGGUACAUCUUCUCCGCGCUCGGCUUCUACCCCGUCAACCCCGCAUCGGACGAAUACGUGGUCGGCUCGCCGUUCUUUGAGAAAGUCACGAUACGGCUGCCGGCCGGGGCUUGUACCGGAGGGGACGAAGGGGCCGAAGGAGGAGCGGAGAGGACGCUUGUGAUCAGUGCACCCGGGGCGACAACGAAGCCAUACGUGAGAUCAUUGAAGAUUGAUGGGAGACGGGUGGUGAGGCCGGUCUUGAAGCAUCACGAGAUAGUUGGAGCUGGGAGUAUCGAGUUUGAGAUGAGCGAGGAGCCGUCAUGUUGGGGUAAGAUGGGCAUUUCCUAAGAAAAUAGAGCAGAUUCAUCACAUUCCAUAUGGUCAAAUCAACAUAUCCAAAAACCAUAAACCUCGUUCAUCGAAGAAUAUCCUGGCUCGAUGGCUGUUCGUAUAUCCCCUUGAUAGUCGUGCUCACAGCCUUGAGGGUCGCAGGCGAGUCCUGAGCCGGAGCUUACUGCGUAGGGCUAGCAAGACUGUAAUAAGAUGAGAUUGGGACCGAGAGUCGUG